AUGGCGGCUUCCUUGGAGAAGGACAAAUCUGAGGAAAAAAAAGACAAGGGGGUCUUGGAGCAGCUAGCUGUGAGCUACAAGUAUUGUGUGCUGAAACACCCAAUAUUAACCAAGAGUGUUACAAGGUAAGAGAAAGUACAACAAACUUGAAAUCAUAAAAAAUCAAAUGCUGCAUUGCAGACGUGAAUCACCUGCGAGCGUUACUACGCAGGCUUCCUCCGCCGCGGGGAGAGAUUAUGACAGCAAUUAAGUUCUUAAAGUUUUCCAACUGAUUGUCUUCUUGCCCUUUCUUUAGUGUGUGUUCCUAAAAAACAAAAAGUUGCCGCUUAUGUUUAGUCAGCUCAUUUAUUUGCAUAUCUACAUAAGAGGGGGCAGGCAGGGCAGCCAUGGUAUAUCCUUGCCCAUUAGAUACUGCAAGCAGAACGUUGCACGGCAACCAGUUUCGAACUGAUGAGUGACUUCAGUGCAUGCGUAAGAGACACUCAUUGCAAAAUAUUCGUAUAUAAUAUUGUACUAAAUUUGGAUUUCUUAAAUUUAGUUGGUGGACUCACACUAAGGGUAGACCAUUUCCAGAACUCUUUUGCAGGGAGAGUGGAGCCUCCACUUCUUCUGAAAAAUUCAAAAACUGAUUAAUAAUUCAUAAAGAAAAAACAAAAAAGACUAAUGUUUAAUGAGUGUCUUUAUAUCUUAUAAAGACACGGCAAAACUUUAUGUCCGACUUCAGCUUCCCCACGUCAAGCCACUAGUUAGCAUCCCCCACCCCCCAAGUUGUAUGUUCCACCAUCUCUCUGUGUAAAUGAGCCGUUAAUGUUGGACUGCAACUUCUCGGUAUUUGGUCAGAUUGAAAAAUCUUUAAAUGGAUAAAGCUGUUAAGAAGACAUUUGUAUCAAAUUUAAGAAAAAUGAGACAGCAGAAAACUCAUAACUACCUUGUGUGUGAAUUCACUGCUCAUUAUUCAUGUAGGAAUGAAGAAAUGCAGCCAAAAUCCACAAUGACCAACUGAUUCAUUUUCCAAACAGUCAUUUCAUUAAUAGAAUCUUGGGGAGUUUGACCUGGCUUGACUGUAAGGGGUAAGUGAGGUGAGAAGGGGGGGGGGGGGGGGGGGUUUUGGGGCUGGGGGGGUGCAAAAGAUGGGGGGGUGGGUGGGGGUGGGGGGAAAAAGUGGGUGGUGGGGGGGGUGGGUUGGUAUAAUGGGGUAGAUUUUGUUUUCAGAAGGGGUUUUUUGUUUGUUAUAAAAAAGACGGUGGGGUGUAUUUUUUUAUAAGGUUUGUUGUUAUUAUAAAAAUUAUCAGUAGAAAAAAAAAGAAAUGCAACACAACCCUAAAAACCACACUUGUUUUUUUUCCAAAAUGUGAUGUUUAGUAAAGGUGUGUGGGGGGGUGGGGCGGGGGGGGGGGGGGGGGGGGGGGGGGGGGGGGGGGGGGGGGGGGGGGGGGGGGUGCUGUUUAUGACUCUGCAGGUUCCAAAUACAGUGCUGUGUCUGGGUUGCCAGGGAAAAAGUUGUUGUAUGCAGAGGUUUGACUGUAUCAAUGGUGAUCAUUGCUUUUCAGGAAGUGAUUGCUGGUGGUAAAGAAACAACACCUGGGUGAUUUAUUUUGAGACUGUAUCCAUGUAAUUAAAACCCUGUUUGUUCUUUUAACAGUGCUGUUAUCGCUGGACUUGGUAACUAUGUAUCUCAAAGAAUUGAGAAACGUGGAAAAAAUGUACCCAUUGAGUAUAGACCAGUGUUAGCCUUUUCAGGAUAUGGGUGAGUAUACAUUCCUACAAAAAUUUUUGUAUUGAAUUACUGGUAUGUGCAAUAAAAAAUCUUAAUCACUGGAAUUGGCAGGUAAGCCAGGUUCCUGGAGGGAGUACUGCCAUAUAUGGAAUAUAAGUUACAGGUCAGUCAGGUUAAACUUUUUUAACCUACCGGUAGGUUGAUUCUCAAUUUUCUUUGUCUCCUAGCCCUAAUUUUGACCUGUAACAUAAAUUAUACAGGUAUGUGCCACUGUAAAGAGUAUGGUUUUCAAACAGUUUAGUCUGGGGUAGCGUAUAUCAGAGAGUUUCGAUCUAGAAUAGCAGAUUAAUUUCCAGCAAACUGAUCAGUUUGUUGAAGAUUUGAUUCUAGACAAGGAAAACUAGGAAUUGAUGUUCCAAAAAAAAAAUGAAGUGGGCAAAUCUUACCCACGACUUAAGGUGUAUGGAAUGGUUCAUCCAAAAAUGUGGGUCUUGGAAAAUUUUGGCCCGAUCUCCAAAUCUCGGAAGUGUUUGUGACAGGUUUUGAAGUGUUGUUUUUGGGUGAUUUUGUGUCACGGAGUCUCAAUUUUUUUAAAAAACUCAGUCUCGAAUUUUGAAACCUCGCAAAGUCUCAAAUUUACCAUUCUAUACCCCUAACUCCGUUCAAUAGUAAGGAAAGUGCAGACCUCCAUAAUUUUUGGAAAAUUGCGACUCUAGAAUAGGGAGAGAUUUUGGCAGUUUAGUCUAUUUUAGGGUAGAAAAAUUCAUCCAAACUGGCUCUGGUAUAGGCUUAGGGUUCCCAGGUUCAAGCGGCACAUCCCAACCCAAACUUUCCUAAAAGUACCUUCCCUGGGUGCCAAGUUUCCUCUAGCUCAUUUAUUCAAGUACAAGAGUCAGGCAUGGAUCUAGGAGAAAUACGUACCAAUUUCCUAAAUGAGCGCUGAAGGCGCAAACUUCUAGCGGGGUCCAGGGGCGGGCUUCCCCAAGAAACUUUUUGGAUUUUUACUCCUUAAAGUCCUAUUUCCUGGGUUUCCGAGUCAUUCAGACAGGAUAUUGGCCAGAUUUCAACUUGGAAAGUGUUUUGAUUAUUAAAAACAUGUUUAAUAUGAAAAAUGUGACCGAUUUCCGUAAAACGAUGGAAACUGGCAUGUAGAUCUGCACCUGCAAGUGUAAUUUGUAUUGUCAGUAGUAUAAUAUUAACUCUUUCUCUACAGAUUUUUUAUAAGUGGCCCAUUAAUCCAUUACUUCUAUGAGUACCUGGAAAAGUUUCUUCCUAAAUCAACCUCAUAUGGUAAAGCCAAGAGGCUGCUGGUGGACAGGGGUGUAAUGAGUCCAUUGCUUCUAUUCAUCUUUUUUUAUGUAGUUGCAGUUAUGGAGGUGAGUGAACCAAAAUGUAGCAACUUGUCUUUGUGUGCACCAAGUGCACUUUGGAAGUACUUGGGUAGCCUAUGAGCAAGCUCUCUGAGGGUAGAGGUGGCAGCAGUGGGACAGAGAAACUCCUGGAUCCCACCCUCCAAAGAGCAUGCUCAUGGGCUAGUACCUUAGGUCACCUUCACCUAUCCUCUUUGUGCACAUAAAACCUUAGGUGCAUUUUGUCUCAUCAGGCCAGUUUAUCGUUGUUCAAGAGCGAGGCAAGGAGCUCUGAACCACUGAAAUCCUAAGUGCUAAGCAUUUUGGAUUUUCUCAAAUAUUUUAGUUUCUCUUUGCUGUCUGAGGGCUUUAAUCAAGUCGCCAAGGGCUAAAGCCCUGUGCAAAUGGACACAACAUUAUUGGCCAACGACUGCAAACAUUGUUGGAUGUUUCAUGCAUGCUGCAUCCACCCUGUUGAAACUGGUCAAACUUUGAGCCAACAACUCCCAACAUUUCUUUUGUUCUGUGGUCGCCGAAGCAUGGCACAACACUGUUGGGGCCACGCAGGCGCAUUACCAAUGGUCUCCUUGGAGAGAGCAAGUCUUAUGGGUUGUAUCCUUUCCACGAUGCAUUGCAACUCCCAACAUUGUUGGGAGUUGUUGCAUCUGUUUGCAUGACGUAACUUUAUUGCGUACUACUCCCCCCAGGGGUCUACUGUGAGUGUAACCAGUGCAUGUUGGACCUGAACUGUGCAUUUUAGUCGUGCUUAUUAUUAUGUACUGUACUGUCUUGCUCAUGCAGUAUAGUAUGAAUUAAUGUUACUAUAAUUCUAGUUUAUGUAUAAAUUUCUUUGCAGGGAAAAUCACACAAAGAGGCAAUGAUAAAAAUACGACAGCAUUACUGGACUGCUCUAAAGAUGAGUUGGCGAGUGUGGAUUCUAUUUCAGUACUUCAACCUCAAUUAUGUUCCCUUGCAGGUAAGUUCACCUAGUGUUACUAAUUAGACGUAAAGUUUUAAUAAGUUCUGCGCACUGUUUUAAUUUGAAGAUAACAACCUAAUAUCACUAUCUGCUAUUAAUAGAGUAGACAACUGGAAAUUAAAAGAAAAAAUCUAACCAAUGUUAAAUUUGUUCUGAAAAAACUUUUUAUUCAUAAUAUUGAUUAAGUUUCAGUUCAAGAAUCUUGAUUUAAAUUUUCCCAAAUGAAUUUCAUCUGUUUUUUUUUAAUUAUACCUGUUUUUCAUCUGUUUUCAGUACCGUGUACUUACUGGUAAUGUUAUGUCAUUUCUCUGGAGCAUCUACUUGGCAAGCAAGCGAGCAUGA